AUACUAAACCACAACAUACACUAUGUGGACAAAGAUCUAUUAACCGAUUUGAAAGAAUUAAGGACGCUUUCCAUGAUCAACAAUUGCUUAGAAGAUUUGGCCGCUAAAUUUUUUGAUUUUACCCCCAAAUUAUAUAUACUGAAUUUGCAGAAUAACUGUUUGAGACGGAUAGAACCAACCACAUUUGAUAAGCUGAUAAAUUUAGGAUAUCUGGGUCUAAAUAAAAAUUAUUUAACCGAGCUUCCAUCGGGUAUUUUCGACAAACUUGUCGCUCUGAGAAUCCUUAAUGUUGCAAUGAAUAACUUAUCCAGUUUACCAGAAAAUAUAUUCGCAAAGCUGGAAAACCUUGAGAAGCUUUAUCUACAAGGGAACAAUUUUACAAAUCUGCCAAAAGAUCUUCUACGAAACAAUACAAAAUUGGAAAAAGUUUACUUAAACGACAACCAGAGAAAUUUCACUUUAUUGGAUGGAUUUUUUAGCAAUUUAACAAAAUUGAAAUAUUUGUCACUGAAGAAUAAUGGACUAAUCACUUUACCGAAAGAUCUCUUUUGGGGAUCAUCGUCGCUGGAAGAGAUUGUAUUGAGUAACAAUUACCUCCAAUCUUUGCCCGUAGAAAUAUUUCAAGAUUUGUUCUACUUAGAAAUAUUGGAAUUGGACUCCAAUAAUCUAAAAGCUUUACCGGAUAAUAUUUUUGGACGAACCGUUGGAUUAAAAAUAUUGAAUUUAUCAAAUAAUUGCAUUACUACCAUUUCCAAAUAUUUAUUUAAUAUAUUAUUCCGAUUGGAACAACUAAAUAUGGAACGAAAUCAUCUAAAAACUAUUCCCGAUUAUAGUUUUUAUGACUUAAGAAAUUUAAAGAUUAUUAACUUGUCUCACAAUUAUCUUACAUUAUCUAAACGGUCCCAUGCAUUCAACGGUCUAAACGGUCUCAUGCAUUCAUUGUUUGGGAAUGGCUUAGAAAAAUUAUAUUUAUUUAACAAUAGCAUUUCCGAAAUAUUGGAUGAUUAUUUGACGUUACAUGAAAAUCCUUGGGAAUGCGACUGUGAUGCUAGACAUUUUUAUAAAUUUCUUCAUUCAGAAUCUGGAAUAAUCAAAAAUCCCGAAGUUUAUAAAGUAAUAUGUCAUAGAAAGAAUACAUCCAUAUCAGAAAUGACCUGGGACGAUUUUUGUCCGUCUCGCAUAACAAUGAUUAUCAGCAUCAGUGCAGCAAUUGCUCUUCUUGGAUUAAUUUGUGGUAUUUUUGGUCUGUAUUAUAAAUACCAAGAACACAUUAAAAUAUGGCUUUUUGCGCAUCAGUGGUGUUUAUGGUGUGUUACGGAAGAAGAGUUGGAUAAGGAUAAAAUGUACGAUGCAUUUGUGAGCUUCUCGCACAAGGAUAUCGAUUUUAUAGCAGACGAGCUGAUACCGAAUCUCGAGAGUGACCCAACACCAUUCAAAUUGUGUGUUCAUUAUCGAGAUUGGUUAGCGGGCGAAUGGAUACCGGAUAAUAUUGCUAGAUCCGUGGAUAAUUCUAGACGGACAAUAGUGGUGUUGUCGCCAAAUUUCUUGAAGAGCAUCUGGGGAAGAAUGGAAUUUCGGGCUGCCCAUCGUCAAGCGUUAAGCGAAGGUCGAGCGCGAGUGAUACUGAUCUUGUAUGGUGACAUCGGACCGACAGAUAAUUUGGAUUCUGAACUGAGAGCGUACAUAUCUAUGAACACGUACGUUCAAUGGGGAGAUCCUUGGUUUUGGGACAAAUUAAGAUACGCACUGCCGCAUCAAUCCAGUCGACCGAGAAGCAACUAUGUCUAAAGAGAAGUUCUUGAAUCUGAAGUCUAAAAUCAUGAACUGUGAACAAACAAAGAUAAUCAGGAACUUAUUCAUUGUAUUUCCUAAAGCACUUGCAAUCACUCUAUCGUGAACUAACUUUUAUCAAUAAGAUAACUAUAAUCAUAAGUCAUGAAAUUGAUACAACUGCAAGCAGAAAAUUAGUUUCUAUAAUACAAAGAAAGAGACGAUUUGACAGCGAGUUAAAAUGAUAAGUAACAUAGGAUUAUCACAAAUGAUAAAAUGUUUUAACUCUAUUCUUUAUCAUAUGUAGUUUGUAAGAUAGUUUAUUCAAUAUUGUUA